UGUCCGUAUGACAACCAGCCAAUACCAUUGCACCUGUCAAAAUCCAGACUCCAAACGCAUUGCAUUGGAGUGGGUGGUGGUUUUGCCCUCAAGAGGUGUGGCUACACACACAUUUCCCAGUAACAUUUGGAGACAAUAGGGAAAGGAGGCGGCGAUUACCCAUCUUUGGGGCGGGGCCAGGAAGACGUUAUAUUAUAGGUGGCUGCUAGGUAUCCAUACUACAUACAGCCAUUUACAGCCAAAAGCAGAGGAGUCUGACUGGAUAGAGAGAGACCUACAGGGGAGAAGACAGGAGGUUUAAACCUGUCAUCAUUACCAUCACUACCAUCACCUCAACCAACCAACCGACCGACCAUUCUAUCAAUUUGUUUAAUCCUGAGACGAUUCUAGUGACAACGGACCAACACGGAGCAAAACGAGGAAGACGGACAACGACCCUCACUAACUUCUGCAAUCAUGAUGUCAAUGAACAGCAAACAACCUUUCAGUAUGCACCCCAUACUGCACGAGCCCAAAUACACGCCUCUGCAAUCGACCUCAGAGGCCAUCCGGAGGGCAUGCAUGCCCACUCACUCGCUGCAGAGCAACAUCUUCGCCGGCUUCGAUGAGACUUUACUGCAGAGGGCGGAAGCGCUGGCGGCGGUGGAUAUCGCAAAGAGCCACCCUUAUAAACCAGACGCAACCUACCACACCAUGACCACGAUGACCAGCAUGGCCUGCACCCCCACCUCAUCCUCGGCCCACCUCCACCACCCGUCCGUGCUCACCUCGCACCAUCACCACCAUCACCCCCAUCACCAGGGCUCUCAGGGCCUGGAUGGCGACCUGCUGGAUCACCUGACCCCCGGCAUGUCUGUCUCCCUGGGAGGGAUGCCCGGCUCCGACGUCUGCUCCACUGCCUCCCAUCCACACUCUCACAUGUCCGCCAUAAACCACAUGCAGCAGCACCACCACCACCAACAGGCAAUGAACAUGCACCCCCACAGCAUGGGCUCGCACACCUCGCUGGGCGGCGGCGUGGACUCAGAGCCAGACCCCCGGGAGCUGGAGUCCUUCGCAGAGCGGUUCAAGCAGAGGCGGAUCAAGCUGGGGGUGACGCAGGCGGACGUGGGCUCGGCCCUGGCGAACCUUAAAAUCCCCGGGGUCGGUUGCCUCAGUCAGAGCACGAUUUGCCGGUUCGAGUCCCUCACCUUGUCUCAUAACAACAUGGUGGCCCUGAAACCCAUCCUGGAAGCGUGGCUGGAGGAGGCGGAGAGGGCGCAGCGGGAGAAAAUGACCAAGCCAGAGAUUUUCAACGGAGGAGACAAGAAGAGAAAACGCACCUCCAUCGCUGCUCCCGAGAAGCGCUCCUUGGAGGCAUAUUUCGCCGUGCAGCCGAGGCCCUCGUCUGAGAAGAUUGCAGCAAUAGCCGAGAAACUGGACCUGAAAAAGAACGUGGUCAGGGUGUGGUUUUGCAAUCAGAGGCAAAAGCAGAAAAGGAUGAAGUUUUCUGCGACACACUAGGAAAAUACAGAGCAAAACUUUCCUCGAAUAGACAAAUCCGAAGCAAAUAGGCAAACGGCUAAGGUCCAUCGAGGCUAGCAGACAAGAUGUGUUUCGUUCCUUUCAAUUGGGAUAAAGACUUGAAAACCAACAUCCACCGGGGCAAAACGUAUACCUUUUGAAAUUGAAAACUGAACAUCGAUGAAUACAAUACAGUGAAAUAGGAGAUCGACAUCAUUAAACUCCAUGGAGGCGGAAAAGAGAAAACCCACCUCUUAACUCAUGGCAAUUAUUGUACAAAAAUGGAAAUCGAAUAAUAAGUGUUAUUAUUCUCUUGAGUCAGAAUAACUAUUUUAUAUUUAUCAUUGUACAUAUUUGUGAAUAGGCUACAUUUCACCUGUGUGUGAAGAGCGCAUCGAAUUCGUUCUUUUUUCAAAAAUCGAAUUGUUGUUUGCAGAAGAUAACUGAUGCUUAGGGCGUAAUGUUGUCAUCAUUGUAUGUGUCUCAGAGACGGUUGGCUCUCCGUAACACGGGGGUAUAGUUGUAAUCAUUCAUUGCAUGGUUUACUUGUAGGGCGUUAGCUGUGAGUUAAUAGCUCUAAAAACCCAUCUGAAUGCAUUGCAAUAAGAGAGCAUACACACGGGCAAUCGCACGUACACGCGGGCAUACACAGUAUAGUCUACUAUCUGUCUACCUCAUUACGCUAGUGUUGGCACAUUCAUGGUCAUUUUGGACUGUAGGAGUAUAAAACACAAAAAACUAAUCGUUUCUUCGUUUUUUUGUUUUAUCCACCAAGUUAUGGUUGAAUUAGAUGACUCACAGAAAGUAAACAUGGUGUAUGUCUGUACUAAUUUCACUGCAAUGAUGCUUUGACAAUCAAAUUAUUUUGAAUAAUUACUUUGUAAAACGUCCAUUUUAUGUCCUCACAUGAAAACGAAAAUAUUUUUGUUCUUUUUAAAAUUAUUAUUAUUAAUAAUAAUAUUAAUAUUGGUCAAUUAAUGGAAAUAUUGGUUAUGUUGUAUUUCCAGAGUUCAGUGCACUUUGUAGAUAUUCUAAACAUGAGGAAUUGUUGACUUAUUUAUAUUUUUUACCGUUUUACUUAGUUUGGUUUAUUAUUAUUUACCUAUUUAUUUAUUUUAACUUAACUUAUUUAAAAUACAACGUAUAUUUCAUUUGUGAAGGUGUGCUUAAAUGUGUCUGUGUAAGCGACAGAAACUAAAAUAAACCAUGCACGUUUUACCUCA